UAAGUGAGCACGGAUUGGAAUUGGAAUUUGAACACCUCAACCCAAAAGAGGAUUUACAAGCUGCCAAACAAAAUUGUUGUUUUGCAGAGGUCAAGUAGAAACCAAAACUCGUCUAUCCUUUUGGUUUGGACAUGUAAGCCUUUCUUUUCUGUGCUUAAACACAUGCACAGAGACACCUGUUUGGUAUCAAAGAUUGAACCUAGCAAAAUUCAUCAUCCAACCUAGCUGGCACUGACAUUUUCUAUCCUUAAGAACCAAUAUAAAAAUUAAGCUUCCUCUAUCCAAUCUAUCAAAACCAUGGCUUCUUCUUCAUCAUCUUCUUCAUCUUCUUUGCUGCUCUUUCUCUCUCUACUACUUCUCCUUCUACCUUAUAUUACUUCUUCCAAUAUUAUCACCAUACCAAUCUCACAUUUACCCAAAAACCCACAUCCAGAUCCUUACCAGCACCUCAGCUACUUAGCAAAUUCCUCUUUAAAAAGAGCCCGCCACCUCAAAAACCCCCAAACUACCCCUCCCCAUAUCAACACCAAAACCCCACUCUUCUCCAACAGCUAUGGAGGCUACUCCAUACCCCUGAGCUUUGGCACCCCUCCCCAAACCCUCCCCUUCACCAUGGACACUGGCAGUGAUUUAAUUUGGUUCCCUUGCAGCAAAAACUACCAGUGCAUCAAUUGCUCCACUUACCCCAACACCGCCAAAAUCAAAUCUUUUAUUCCCAACUUGUCCUCAUCUUCCAAACUCCUCGCCUGCUUGAACCCCAAAUGCGCUCUGCUUCACCAAAAAUUUCAAUGCCCAGAUUGCAAACUUGGUUCGAAAAACUGUACCCGGGGCUGCCCUUUGUACAAAAUCGUCUACGGCUCUGGCACAACAAGUGGAAUUCCACUCUCUGAAACGCUGCACCUCCCGACCCGACGCGUACCCGAUUUCCUUGUGGGCUGCUCCGUUCGCUCUACCCACCAACCCGCCGUUGGCAUUGCCGGGUUGGGCCGCGGCCCAGCUUCUCUCCCCGCCCAAUUGGCUGUCAAAAAAUUCUCCUACUGCCUUCUCUCUCGCCUCUUCGACGACACUAACAAAAGCAGCUCACUAGUCCUCGUCGGCAGCAAAGACUCCGUCAAGAAAACUAAAGGCGUCAGCUACACGCCGUUUGUGAAAAACCCAGAAGUCCCCAACAAGCCUUUCUCCACCUAUUACUACGUCGGCCUCCGCCGCAUCAAUGUGGGAGGGCGGCGCGUGAAUAUUCCGUACAGGUAUCUGAGGCCUGACAAGAACGGCUCCGGCGGGACCAUUGUCGAUUCCGGGACCACCUUCACGCUGAUGGCAGCUGAGGUGUUCGAGCGCGUGGCGGGAGAGUUGGAGAAGCAAAUGAAGGGCUACAAGAGGGCGGAGGAAGCGGAGACUUUGACUACUUUGAGGCCGUGCUAUGAUUUUUCCGGGAUCGAAAAGCUGGAGUUUCCAAGCGUGACGUUUCACUUCAAGGGAGGGGCUGAGAUGGCGCUGCCGUUGGAGAAUUACGUGGUCCGGGCCGGUGGGAAGGUGCUGUGCUUCACGAUUCUGAGUGAUAAUGGGCCUAUAAUCUCGUCUGGGCCUUCUAUAAUUCUGGGGAGUUCCCAAAUGCAGAAUUAUCAUGUGGAGUAUGAUUUGCAGAAUGAGAGGUUUGGCUUCAAGCAACAGGAAUGCAACUGAUGUCUGUUCUUCUUUCUUUUCUUUUUUUUUUCUUUUUUUUUCUAUUGAAGAAUAAAUCUGUGCAAAAUGAGAGAAUCAAACCCACCUAGUUCAUAAGUACAUGAAAAUAAAAAUAAAAAUCAUUUGCACUGCACAAUCAUUCUCCACUAUUAUAUUUUAUUAUUUCAAGAGAGCUGUUAAUCGGUUCCCAGUUUUUGAGACAAGGAAAAAACAAAAAAUCUCACAAUACCAAACCGAAAAGAAAACCCAUGGCAUCGAAUCCAAACUGAAACUUAUAUCAUGAUCUAACCAUUACCCAAUCUCAUCUCAAGAUAAUAAUAAAUAUCAAUUUUUAUAUAAAAAGCAAAAAAUUCGAUGCAAAAAUCACAACAGUACAGACGAUGUGAGGAGAGGAGAGAAGAGAGAGAGAGGAUAGAAGAGAAAAGAAGGCAAACCACUAGAUAACAGAGUACAGACGAUGGGUAGAUCAUG